AUGUCAUUUAUUCAAAAGAGAUUACUGUCGCAGACUAAAUUAUUACGCUCCCAUGUGGGGUCACUACCGCUUUACACAUCGCCAGAAGUUCAGGUUUCCAUGAGUACACUGUCUAUACCAAGGAUUAUUAGAAAGGGAAGAGCUUCAUUGAAUAUAUCACAGAACAUUACUGUAGAGGGUCCCAAAGGGAAACUAUCCAUUGAAGUCCCUGAUUUCUUGCAGUUGGACAGGGAUGAAAAGCACGGUAAAAUAAAUGUUGUGAUUCAAAAUGCAGAGGAUAAGUACCAGCGUUCCAUGUGGGGUACGGUAAGGUCACUUAUAAAUAACCACAUCAUUGGUGUUACUGAAGGGCAUCUUGCCGUCCUCAGAUUCGUAGGAACAGGGUACAGGGCCCAAUUGGAAAACGAUGGGAGGUUUGUUAAUAUAAAGGUGGGUGCGUCUAUUAAACAGGGAUUGGACGUUCCUGAAAAUAUUGUUGUCAAAUCACCUGCUCCUACAUCUCUGAUCAUAGAAGGGUGUGACAAACAGCAAGUUCUUCUCUUUGCUGCGAAAUUGAGGAAGUUCCAUCCACCAGAACCAUAUAAAGGUAAAGGUAUUUAUGUUAAUGGCGAAACAAUAAAAUUAAAAGAUAAGAAAAUCAAAUAA